AUGCAGCUGUUUGGUCUGAACCCGAGCAAAUGCAAGACGCAUUGCAGGCUGGGCGUGGGCCGCAUCAAGCUGCUGCGCAACAAAAAGCUGGUGGCGAUGAAGGGGCUGCGCAAGGAGGUGGCGGAGCUGCUGAAGCAGAACAAGCAGGGCAACGCGCGCAUUAGGGUGGAGGCGGUGAUGCGCGAGCAUCGCAUGCUGCAGGCAUUCGAGAUAUUGGAGCUGUACCUGGAGCUGCUGGCGGUGCGCGCUGAGCUGCUGGCCAAGACACGGGACAUCCCGCCAGACAUGAUCGAGGCCAUCAGCAGCCUGAUCUAUGCGGGGGAGCGUGUGGCCACCGACCUGGCUGAGGUGGCGGUGGUGGCCAAGAUGCUGGUCUCCAAGUACAACGGGGUGUACAAGGCAGCUGGGUUCCCGGAUGAGGUGGUGUCUGACCUGACGUGCCGCAAGUGGCAGGUGAACGACACGCUGGUCACGUGCCUGGCGGUGUCGGCGCCCAUGCCCGAGGAGAAGUUGGCGUUUCUGGAGGACAUUGCCGCGGAGCACGGCGUGGAGUUUGACAAGGAUGCGGCGGCGCUGGACAUGCUGCCUGCCGCGGGCAAGCCGCUGGCGGUGGCGCCCACCUAUGUUGCAGAGCCGCUGGCGCCCGGCGGCGCGGGGGUGCCGCAGGGGCGGCUGCCGCUGGCGCACGGCUGGAUGCCGCCGCCGUCGGCGGGCGCGCCGCCGGCCGCGGAGCAGCAGCAGGGGUGGCAGCCGCCGGGCGCGGGCGCGGCGGCGGGCGGCGCGGCCGGUGCCGCCGCGGCCGCCCACGUCAGCCGCGUGCUGUCGGGAGGCAGCGUGGUGGUGCGGCCAGGGGCCGAGGGCGUGCCUGGCGCCACUGCCACGCCCAGCGGCGGCCCCACCCCUGCCUGGAGCCCUCCUCAGCCUGAGGACAUUGACAGGCACGGCCGCGCUUUCCAGAGCCACGUGGGCGCCACGGCCGCCUGGCGCCAGACCCGCCUGCACGGCGCCAGCCCGGCCGGCAGCCCCGACGCCUCGCAGCGCGGCGGCAGCGAGGCGUACCCGCCGCCCGCCACCGCGGCGGCGCCGGUGCCGGUGCCGCCGCCCGCCGCGGGCUUCAUGCUGCCCGCAGGCACAGCCCAGUCCAGCGGCACCAGCACCCCCACACCAGGCGGCACCAAGCCCGCCACUCCCAUGGGAUCGUAUGCCGACGCCAGCGCCGCCGCCGAGGCGGCCAAGCGGUACAGCCAGAUGGCGCAGCAGGCGGCGCAGCGUGCCGAGGAGUUUGCCACUAGCCAGGCCGACGCGGCGCGGGGCGGCGGCGGCGCCGCCGGCAGCACCGCGCCCGGCAGCCCAGGGGGCGGCGGCGGCGGCGGCACGGGGCCCGGCAGCCCCGGCGGCGGCAGCCCGGGCGGCGGCUACGUGGCGCGCACCCCCAGCGAGGUGCAGCGCGCGUAUGACGCCGCCCCCGGCCCGCCCAGCAAGGGCGAGGUCAGGGCUGGCGGGCCGCCCUCCGCGCCGCCCUCUGCGCCGCCCUCUGCGCCGCCCUCUGUGCCGCCGCCGCCGCCAGCCCCAGCCCCAGGCGGUGCCGCCGCCGGCGCCGCCCCGGACCUGGACAUCGCUGGGCUGCCCAGCGUGCCGGGUGCGGGGCCGCCGCCGCCGCCGCCGCCCAGCGACCAGGACGAGCUGGAUGAGCUGACCAAGCGGUUUGAGAUGCUCAAGCGCCGCUGA